UUCCGUGCUGUCCUUAUGCUAGCGUUCAAGAUGGAGUCCGUCAACAAAGCUGGACAUCUGAUGAGUCUUGCGGCUCUGCAGCAAUAUGACCCGUAUAUUAACAAGCUGCUCGAUGUUACCGGGCAGGUCGCGCUCUAUAAAUUCAACUCGAAAGCAAACGAAUGGGAGAAAACUGAUAUUGAAGGCACCUUAUUUGUAUAUGCCAGAUCAGCAUCGCCACGGCACGGCUUCACUAUAAUGAACCGUCUAAGCACUGAGAACCUGGUGGAGCCGAUUAACAAAGAUUUGGAGUUUCAGCUUCAGGAUCCCUUCCUCUUGUACCGGAACGCCAGCUUGGGAAUCUACAGCAUCUGGUUCUACGACAAGGCUGACUGUCAGCGCAUAGCACAGCUGAUGGUCCAAAUAGUGAAGCAAGAGACGUUGCGGGCUCAGCAGGCCUCUCCAGAUCGUGGCCGGACGAAUGGUUGUGUUGAAACGAGGCCGAUGGAUAUCCUGCAGCUGCUGAGCAAAGCCAAAGAGGAGUACCACAGGAAUCAGUCUAAUGAUGCCGAGUCACAGGUGAAUACAGAUGUUACUCCAACUCCUGACCCAGUUAAAGUCGAGAGCAUGAAGCCCACAGUUAUAGCUGCUCAACAGGAGAAGCAAACACACGGAGUGGUGAAGCAGAUCACAGUGGAGGAGCUAUUCGGAAGCUCUUUACCCAAAAACCCAACCCCCCCAGCCGAAUCGAUUUCUGGCGAGAGUUUCCUGCGUGGAAUAAGCUACGGCCCUCCUCCCGUUGCCUUGGAGCCCCUCCUUACACAGUGUCUUUCGGCAAAUCCCCUCAUCCCACAGCACUCCAUCUCUCCCGGGAGGGCUGAGAAUGUUCCAGCACUUGGCGGGCAUCGUGGCCAGACAGGGCCUCAGGCCGCGCCCCAAUAUAUAAAUCCACUCAAAAAUGACAGUCACGGGAUCCCCAAGCCGACAGCAGUGCCAGGCUUCAUGCCCAGCACACUGGUCACGCCACAAAGUUUCAGAGAACCUACACCCAAAGCACCGGCAGUUUUCACCAGCAAACCUGCAGCAUCCACACAAUGUAAAGAAGCCGGUACAUUUGCGCAGCCACAAGCCCCGAAUCUGGUCAAACCCAUUCCAACCAAAGCUGGGCUAGUUGUGCCAGGCGAGGAGCUGUCGUUGCUCCUUUCCCCCAGCGUAUUCCAGCAGUCCACUACAAAAGCCCCAGAGCUGCCGAGAAACCCUGCUCCUCCACCGUCACCCCCUGCCUCCCUCGGUGCUGCAGAGCAUCCCUCAACAGUGUACAGCAAGGCACAGCUACAAGACGUUCUCAUACAUUUGAUAAAGAACGAUGCCCAGUUCCUGAGCACAAUCCACGAAGCGUAUAUGCAGAGCCUUACCAAAGACCUCAGCAACGUCAAACUAUAGCCACUCACCCCAAACUCCGGGACUAAGCGCUCUUACUAUCAGCCCAGGUGGCUGCAUUUAGGACAGAACCACUGCAGACUGGUGCACUCCUUCUCUCAUCGUAUCUUAGUCACAGAGGAUUGAAUCCAAACACACUUUAUUUCAGUGCUAUUCUGCAAGUACACAAGCUUCAGGAUGACUAAGUAGCCAUGGCUGCCUCACCUCUGAGCUGUGGUUAUUUUGAAUCGUGAGGGGAAAACUACUCACUUCUUUUGUCUUAUCGUUGUUCAUCUCGACCUGCCAGGUUACUGGUCACUCUGUCUGACAUUCUGUCUAGCUGAUGCUUACGACUAAAUUUAUGAAAGCAGGUGCAAUACAGGCAUUUUUGACACCCAUGUUUAAGGAUGCAUUCCUGACUUUUUUUUUUUUUUUUUUACUUUAUUUUUCAAGAACAGUACUCAUGUUGAAAUGCGACACCUACUUAAUAUAAUUAACUUUAGUUAGCCCUGUUUGUCUUGCAUGUUGCCACAAUGAACUCAAGAUCUUAUGGUGAUAAACGGUACAUUUAAUACAGCAAAACUGCAGCAGACCAGAGCGAUGUCAGUGAGUGCAUUUAAACACUUUGCACCUUAAUUCACAAGCAAAGUACAAACCUGAAUCUAAAAGUCCUUAGUGUUCCUUAGUGGCAACAGUUUCUCUGCAUGCGCCAUCAACAAGAUUUAGAAUUAAAAUAAAAAUUGUUGUUGAUGAUUCAGUCUCUCUAAUCCUGCUCAGUGCAGUCACUAUUAAGGACGGUUUAACACCAUAAGAUGGAUGUUUUGUCAGGAUACUUGUCAUCAACAUUGCUUUAAUUUUUCUGCUAUCUGAACAUUAGCUUGACAGUAUGACCUUCAGAUGUUGGUGUUGAAGCGUGCUUGAGUAAACCAGACCGAUGCCAAAUACGAUUGCAAUCAGAUUGAAGCCUCCCUAGUAACCAUGUCUGCACUUUCACGAUAUUUGGAUGCAGGUCAAAAUCUGAAAUAUGGUAACCUUGAUGGAUUACUCCAGUGCUUGUGAUGCAUUUUAAACUGCAGUAGUGUUACUGCAAUAAAUAAGCUUUAUUUGCACUGGACAAUAAGAGUACAACUGCUUAUUAUUAUAGUUUGAUUAUAAAUGACAUGUUUAAGUUAUGAAACACCUUUUGAUCCCUUGGAUAAGCUGGUCAUGUUUGAAUAUUUCAGUCUUUAAAUUUAUUCUGCAGGUAAGGUUUUGCUGUUACUUUCAUUCGUGCUAACUUGAUUAAUAAGCACAAGAUGAUGGCUUGUCAAGAUGAGCAGGACGUUUUAAAUAAAGUGGAAUUGAGUAAACUUUAAGAGCUUGCAUUGAAUUGUUGGUUUACAAGGUAACUGACGUGUAUCUAAUAAAUGUUCAGAACCUUUUACUGGUUAGUCAAAUGCCAAAUAAAAAAAGCAAACCUGCAGUAGCAUAUGAUUAUUCUGUGUUAAAACAUUUUCUAUGAUAUAAAUUACUCCAUUUUGUCGCACUCCUUGUCAUUGUUGUUGUUCAGUUGGGUUGUUCGGGAGCAAUGGGGGAUGUUGAAUUACUUUUAUUCUUGUUCUGUCUCUCUUGUGUUUAGACACAUACAAGCUGAGUCUUUUUAAUGCAUUUUUUUUUUACUUUUUAAAUUGCUGUAAAUUUAUAAUUUAACCCCCAAAUGUCUGUUGUUUUGUCAUUAUGAUUCAUGUUAAAAUUUUGCAUGGAAAAUCAUGAGUGAAAAAAAAAAAGAAAAUCCUCAUGUUUCCACAGCCACUUUUUUACAAUUUAAAUCCUGGAACAUGCCGGUGUCAUCAGAGAAGAAAAACUCCAUUGAUAUGAUAACCUGGUCAUUUGGUACACCCCCUGACUUCAUUUUGUCACGUAACGUUGCGGACUGAACGAACUGAAGUAACCCCAGAUCAUAACCCUGUCUUCAGAGGCUUGUACAGUGGCCACUAUGAAUAAUGGGUGCAUCGCUUAAUGCACUUCUUUUCUUAUCCUGAUGCACUAAUCUAUCUGGAGUAGGGUCACUCUGAACUUGUCAGAUCACAUGACCUUUUCCCGUUGCUGCCACCCCAAUUUUUGCUCCAUAGUAAAUUAAAGCCUUUUUUCUCAAUAAUUUUAUUAAUAAGUGGUUUUCUUAUGGCCACACAGCUGUUCAGUCCCAAUACUGUGGGUUCUCAUGUGUAUGGAAAUGCUCUUACUUUCACUAUUAGCUUAUUGUUUAUUAUUUACCAUGCAACUUCAUUAAAAGGUUGAGAUUUCAGCA